AGUCUAUAAAGCAAAGUUGCGCGCGAGAGUUCGUCUUUGUUUGGCUCUCUCUCUCUCUCAAAUGGAUUUUUCUUCAGUUCAGAAGCUCUGCAUUCACCUAAUUUCUUCGGCAUAUCAAAGAUGCCGUUUAUCCGAAGAUCUUUGCCGAUUAUCAGUUGUUCUCGAGAGCAAUCUAGGUACUCCUAUCGCUCGAGUUUCAAUAUCAGAUACUGGCACUGGUAGUUGCUUGGAGGAGUUUCAGGACCUUAAGUGCAGUAGAGAAGGUAUUGGAACGGAGACGUGGGAUGGGUUGCUUUCUGUCAAAACUACGGACAUGAGUGAUAAUAAGAUAUAUCAUUAUCACUUAAAUCUUAGAGAAAGUGUUUCUUCCAGAAGACUCACUAGGCUGCCUUCAAUUCCUAAGAAUGAUGCAAAGUUCAGCGGCACUGAAGUAUGUCUGUCCAUUUCUGACACCAUUGAUGCCUUGCUCACAGAGAUCAAACGUUUCUUUCAAAAGAUGCUCAUUCUAAUGAUCCCUUGUGUAGCAGCUGAACUGGUGGUUAAACGAGGGGAUGCUCCUGCACUGCUAUGUGAAAAUGUCUUUUUACCUAAUGAAUGCAGCCCUUUGAACUUCUCAAGCUCCAAUGUUGAAAGAUUUAAGUCAGGCCUUGAAGAAUAUGUUUUGAAGCACGGAAAUAGCUUAAACAAUAAAUGUGAUUCUUGCUUCCGCAGUAGGGAGCAACUUAAGAUCAGUAGUGGAGUAGCUUGCAGCAUGGAAAGCCAAAGGGGUCCCGGACUAAUUGUGGAAGCAGUAAUUGCAAUAAGUGAACAUGCGGAAUCUCCCUGCUUCAGGUCAUGCAGCAACAAAGCAGAGGUUUUGCAUUUUAAAGAUUUCUUACCAUGUUCAGUACCCGGUGCAUCCCUCAAUGCUUUGACUAGCAUUGACUGGAGAAGCUAUGGGUUAACUUUGGGGAGUGUUGUGGAUCAAGAUGACCAUGCAUUGAUAGAGUGGGAAAAUUUACCCCCUCAUCUUCAUCUUCACAUGGCGAUACACUGCUAUCAUAAACAGGUCAUUAUAUAUCCAGGGAAAUAUAAAUAUCAACCUGAUCGGCAUCUAAUAAAAAAGGCGGUGAAACUUGCAUUGGAUGAUUUCAAGGGGAAAUACACAGGGUUUCUUCUCAGUGCUCAUGCUGUGAAGAUUUGCAGUUAUGCCCCGGACCUUGCAAGCUCAAUUGCUGGCAUCAUCUUGUCAUCUAAUGAUUCGGAGUUCCGAAGCAAAUGCGCCUUGCUUCUCGGGUUAUUGCAGUCGCAAGAGAUCGGAAGGAAAACCAUCGAAGACUGUAUCAAUGGAAAGAUAAUAUCAGUCAUCGAGACGAACGAUAGAAAGCCUGAGAAAAGCAAAGAGACUGCACCUUUCCUCUUCGAAGAUGACCGUCCCCUGGAGCUGGAGCCAAUCCCAUAUUCAGAGGAAUACGAAGGAGGCGACGAUGUUUUUAGUUUCCCGGAUUGAUCGAUAUGAUAUAC